CAUUAACACAAGAGAGACAUGCUCAGAAAUGCUACUGGUCACCUCGGGGUCAGUUACAUGUGAGCUUUACUUGUCCACAUGUGCGUGGACUUCAUGCACCUGAAAGGGAUGGUGGCUCUCAAGAUGAAGAUGUUCAGCAAGUCGUCGCAACUCCUCUGAGGAUCCUUUUGUAAAAAAAAAAAAAAAAACAUAAGGGAGUGAUUUGGGAUACAUCCCCAAUUUAGGGAGCAGCAGCCUGCAGAAAGACCAACGAAAAGGAGCAAACGUGAGAUAUCAGCAGAGGAGAGGAGAAAUGAUUAUUGACGGGCAGCAGACGGACGCCUCUGUGCAGGACCCCAGAGGCCCCCAGUGGACCAGCAGCCGUGGGGUGGACUGGUGCCCACCACUUGUGCUCAACCUGGCCCUGGCACUACAGCAUGUGUUGGUGCAGUGCUCGUUGCUGGUGCUGACGGUGGGGAUGCUCCAGUGUGGUCUCCAGUGGACGGAGGCCCGGCGGGGUCAUCACCUGGCCUCCCUGCUCUUCUCCUCGGCCCUCGCCACGCUCCUGCACACCUGCACGGGCUCCCGCUUGCCACUGGUGCAGGCUCCGUCUCUGGAGAUGCUGGUGCCUGCUCUGGUCCUGCUCUCUGCUAAGACAGGGAGUGAAGAGGACUGCAGGGGGCAGUAUAGCGAGGCAGAGGGGUGUGACGCCCAGAGCAGUGCAGAGAGAGAGCUCCAGGGCAUGGUGGUGGUGUGUGGGCUGCUGCAGGUGUGUGUGGGUGUGUGUGGUCUGGGCGGAGUGUGUUUGCGGCGCUGUGGGCCGCUGGUGCUGGCUCCGGUGCUGUGUGUGCUCGGACUGUCCGUCUACAGGGAGGCCGCGCUGCUGUGCUCGGACCACUGGGGAUUCGCCUCUCUGGCAGUGUUCCUCAUGGUGGUUCUCUCUCAGCAUCUGCGUUCCUUCACAUUCUCUGGCCUUCCUGACUUUGCACAGUUAUUCUGUAGCAUGUUGUCUGUGCUGCUCCCCGUGCUGGUUGUGUGGGGUGUGUGUGCUCUGCUGGAGUUCUCGGGGCAUUUGCAACUUCACACACUCUCUGACCUGUUGCCUGACCCGGGAGUCCAAAACGAGACCGUUCCACUCCUGCUCAACGACACACAGACACACACAAUUCUGUCCUCAGGACCGUCUCUCACACACUCCGGACCACCUCCCUGGAUCAGCCUCCCACACACAGGUGUAUGGCGCCCCCUGCUGUCUGGGCGUGCUGCUGCAGCUGGCGUGGCGGCGGCGCUGGGCUCCUGCUGCAGCUCCAUGGCCGUGUACUGCCUGAGCUCUCGGCUCCUGGGGGCCCCUCAGCCCCCCGCGCACGCCUGCAACCGCGGCCUCCUCUCCGAGGGCCUCGCCUCCCUGACCGCCGCACUGCUCGGGUCACCACUAGGGGUCGCCAGCAGCACCGCCAACGCCUGCACCCUCGAGCUGAGCCAGUGUGGCUCCAGGAGGACGGUGCAGCUGGCGGCCAUCUUGGGACUGCUGUUGAGUCUCUCCCCUAGAAUAACAGUCCUCCUGUCCUCUGUCCCACUGGUCAUUUAUGGUGCUAUCCUGUGUGUGACCUAUGCUGUCGCCACAGCAACAGGGGUGACAUAUUUCCAGUACGGGCACAUGGACUCUGGGCGUAACAUUUUCAACAUCGGGUUCACCACUUUUAUGGCCCUGGUUCUACCACGCUGGUUCCGUCUACAACCCGAUGUUCUGUCUACAGGGAAGUCGAGUGCUGAUGUGUUCCUGCUGUCUGUGCUCACCUUGCCCAUGUUGCUGAUCUUCCUCAUGGCGUUCGUCCUGGAGAACUCUGUCUCUGGUAGUCUAGAGGAGAGAGGCCUGACCAGGGUAGAGGGGAAGAGGGGGAGACCUGUGCUAGUCCUCGCCGACGGGAGACAGGACCCCUCCGAGAAGAGUGACGCCACCUAUGAACCUCCCUAUGCGGUCAGGAGACUGCUGGAGCUGCCAUACCUGAGGGUCGUCCCUUUCUAUGCCUGCAGGCCCCCAGAGAGACAGGAAGUGCCUACAACCACACAGGAAAUGACUAAUUUACUGGAUGUGUGA